AUGGAAAUCGAUUCAUCUUCCUCACCUCAACUGAACCAGAGCGAGGUUGAUGCCAAUGGACAGAAACUGAAUCGUAACAAUAAAUGCGGAGUUCGAAUUGUUGGUAACAGAAUUUAUGAUUCUGAAAAUGGCAAAACUUGUCAUCAGUGCCGGCAAAAAACAAGGGAUUUUUGUGCUGCAUGCAAGAAUCCAAGGAAUGGGAAGCCUUGUACCAUUAGGUUCUGCCACAAGUGUCUCCUAAAUAGAUAUGGGGAAAAAGCAGAAGAGGUUGAUUUAUUGAAUGAUUGGAUGUGUCCCAAGUGCAAAGGCAUUUGUAACUGCAGUCUUUGCAUGAAAAAAAGAGGGCAACAGCCAACUGGUUUGCUAGCUCAUACAGCCAAGAAAUCCGGUUUUAACUCCGUGUCAGAUAUGCUUAGCAAGAAGGCUUCCGAAGGUUUGGAAUUGAACAGUAGUGCUGCUAUUUUGCCUGAAAAUGAAGGUACUUUGAAAAAGGAGCUUGUAUUGGGUCUAUCAGGGGAACCUGAGAAGGAAAACACCUUAGGUGGAACCAAUGCUUUAAAGGUCGGUCAUGAGAAAACCAAGAAAGUGAAGCGGGAAAACUUAAAGGAAAUAUCUAAUGGCAGCAGUGUUGGUGAUGUUUGCCAAAAUAAGAAAUUAAAAAAGCCUAAACUGUGUAAUGGAAAUGAUAAAAUGGAAAGAAAAGUUGAGGAGGAUCAUGAAAAACUUAAGGAAGAGAUUCCUUUACCCAUUGGCACUGAAAUUACAAAAAUAUUAGAUAUUGAGUUAGCACCAGAAGAUGUUGGGAAUGCAUUGCAGUUUUUAGAAUUCUGCAGAGUGUUUGGAAAGGCUCUUGAUGUCAAAAAAGGAGAGGCGGUGGCUGUUUUAAGAGCAUUGAUACGUAAGCAAAAUUUGCGACGUGGACAAAACACCUUAGUGGUUGACUUUCAAAUCAAGUUGUUGACUUUUAUAGUAUCUGAUUCAGAAAUUGAGUCUUCGCCCUUGACUGCUAGCUGUGGAAAAAAUUCAUGGCUGAAAGUUCUGGAGGAAUUGAUUACUGAAUCUGAUCUUAUACUAAAAGAAUUUCCUUUGGAUUGGCUUAAUAAAGGUGUUAGUGGAUAUUAUGAUUUGGACUUGUCGAAAAAGUUUAUCCUUCUGAAUUUCAUCUGUGAUGAAGCUCUGGGCACAAUGAAGCUAAGGAGUUAUAUUGAUGAUGAAAAUGAAAGAUUUGCAGAAGAAAAGAAAGCAGCAAAAUCUAAGGUUGCUGAAGCUAAGGGAAAGGAAAAAAGUCUUAAGCAAAAGCUGCAAGACGAGAUGGCAAAAGCUGCUGUAUCAAAUGGAGUUAACCUCUCAAUUUCAGAACACGACACUCUUCUUGCAACAAUAAAAAGUGAGGCAGCGAAAACUCAUGCCGAGUUGAUUGAGGCACAGGGCACAGUUCCUAAAGGGAACCAAUGCUGUGACGCAGUGAGAAUUGAACAUCAGUACAUGGAUAACAGUGGUAAGGCAUUCUGGAAAUUAAGAAGCUGCGAUGAUGAACAUGCUUUCUUGUUACAAGAUAUCAAGAUCGACGGUGAAGAUGCUGUUAAAGUUGAUGAAAAAUGGCUUGCUUAUGGAGCCGAGCAGAAAGACGAGGUCGAUAAGUACAUUUCAUCGAGAAAUUGGUAA